UUGGUCAAGUGUAUACUUUAAUUGGACAUCGGUAUCUCAACUGGACAUCGGUAUCUGAAGUGGACAUUGGUAUCUCAAGUGGACAUCGGUACCGAUGCCAUAGAGUUCUACGUACGUGACUAAAAGAGUAGAUUUCGUUCAGGCAAUGUUUGUUUAUCUCGUAUCUCAACAAAAAAUCCUUUUAGUUGCACGAGGAAAAACAUGCCCUUGGGCUGCUAAGACUCUUCGUUAAUUUAAAGGUUUAGUUUAUAAUAUCGAUCGACUCGGGAGCAAAUUCAGACACAUUCACACGUAGGUAGGCCUAAUAUAGGUUUUCCCGGCCAAUUUCGGGAAAUGCGUAAAUUAAUUUGUAAAAUAAAACUUCAAUUGGCAUAGACUUUGAACACGACUUAAAACCUGGUUUCACUUUUACAAAACAAGCAUUCAACUUCAUUUUCAUCCUUAAAAUAAAUGAAUGUGCAUUACGUUUCAUUAAAGAGGCUACAAAUACAUGACUGGGAUUUCGGUUUGACGUAUUCUUCGUCAAUUACAACAAAUGUGCAUUCUUAUUCGCCAAAAUAUGUCUUUUACUGUGACUACGCGGAAUUGAGUAUUCAUUUUCAUUUGCUUUAAUUCAAAUUUGCAAAAAUAUAGGCCAACGUUCAAUUUGAUUAGAAGAUACAAGGUUGAUUAUGGUAAAAACGUAGCUCAAGAGAGAAGGUUCCCUCAGCCUCGGUGUUUACUAGAAUUAGGAUAAGUAAAAUAGUGGGUAUAUUUCCAAAGACAACAUGUUUGGUUUACGAGUAUUCAAACAUUAACCAAUCAAUUAUAAACACUUCUACGAAUGUAACUGGAAAAGUCCACAUACACUGCAAAACUGAGGUGUUAAAUUUAACAUCCCUGGUGUUAUCAAAGGACUACACCAACACUUUUCACUGGUGUUAAGACGUUUGAUGUUAUUUGGUGUUACUUCUAACAACCCUCCAGUGCCUUGUAACACUUGUAGGUGUGCAAAGUAACACCUGGCGGUGUUCAAGUAACACCCUAUGGUGUGGUCACCUGAUGACACCAAGUAAUUUUCCCUACAGUGACCUGUUAGCCGGCAAAAAGCAAAACCAUGUCCAGAAAAGUUCAAUUUAGAAAGAAAAAAAUCAAGUCGUUUACUCUAAACACGCUUAGAAUUUUUUAGACCAUAGGGUUUGUGCACAGGGUAUCAAGUGGCGUCCAUAUAUGGAACUCUUUCCACUGUAACUUCUGUUAGCACACAAACGAAUUCCUAUUCUUGACCAUACCUCAAGCAACACACAGGCGAAAUUGCAUUUAUAUUUUGCGAAACAGAUCGAGUUAAAAUUAGGAAGAAUGCAGGAAUGUAGAGGUACAUUCGAUUUCGUGUUACAGAAAGCGCAAAAACAAAGAUGUUCAGUUUUGUACAUGUAUAAGAACAAAAAAAAAAAGACUAAAGAGGGUUAGGCCUCAAACCCCGGUUUGACACUUUUAACUCUUCGUUUCAAUGGACGGACAGGUUGGUCAACAACGUUUCGUAGACAGAAGCCGGCAUGGAGGCAGUAACUAGUCAACCCACCGUAUCCGAUGACUUUACCACCCCGAGCAGCGCUCCGUUCACCGGGCUGGAUGAGCAGGUGACGCCCGAUGAGCACCUGCCUGAACAGCGUGCCGCUUUCCGGGCCGUGCUGGUGGCAUUCUUCGUGGUCUCCAUGGCCUGGGGUAACAUCGGAAACCCACUGGUCAUGGCAACUAUACUCACGCAGCGGAAGCUGCGUCAAAAUGUGGCCAAUGUGUUCAUUUUCAACCUCGCUAUAGCCGACUUCUGCGUGACGUCGUUUGUAGACUUGUCCUAUGUACUUGGUAACGUGAUCCCUGACUUGCUCAUCAAAAACCGCGUCUUCUGUGGCUUCGCUGCCGCUGUCUGUAUCAUCAGCUGCACUUGCUCCCUCUGGAGCAUCACCGCCAUCAGCAUCAACCGCUACGUCUGCGUGGCCAAGAGUGCGCUUUACCCGCGGGUAUACACCCGGCGGAACACCCUGCUCAUGGCAGCAGCGGUCUGGCUGAUCUGUUUUCUGAUCGAUCUCCCAAACCUCGUCGGCCUCGGAGCGCACGUCUUCGAUGCCAAGAAGCGGGGCUGCUCCUUCGACCGCCUGGACCACUACGGGUACACUCUCUAUUUCAUCGGGAUGGGCGUGGUCACGCCCAUGACCAUCGUCAUCAUCUGUUACAUCAAGACAUUUCUGUUCGUCCGGGAGCACAACAUGAAGAUCCAAACAUGGCAGACAGACGUAGGCUCUGGCGACGGCCAGGCCGUGGCGCCCGGCCCGGCCAAGAAGCCGAUCGACACCCGCCUUCUCAAGACGGUGGUGGUCAUCUUUUUGGUCUUCCUGGCUUGCUGGACUCCGUACACCAUCAUCGUCCUGUCAGACCUGCGCAACACCUACCCGGACGAGCUUUACGUGGCCGCCAUUAUUUUCGCCCACGCUAACUCCAGCAUGAACAGCAUUGUUUACGGUAUCAUGAACCGAUCGUUCCGCCAGGGUUACAAAAACCUAAUCCGAGUCUUGACACGAGGUUGCCUGUGCAACACGGAGCACCACGGAUCGGGGACAGACAACCAGACAUCCAACCACCGUGUCACGGCCGGCGCGCAGGGCAGCAGACGUUGACGUCACGUUUUGGGCCUUCUGUUCCACGUCUUGAACUGGUAUAAUUCAAACCGAACUUGGUAAUUGACACAUCAAGUGGUGUCAUUCUUGAAGCCUGAUACUUUAAAUUCCCAAAAGAUUGAUUUGAGACCAGCACGCACUGUAAUACAAUGACUUUUUCUCGGACACAAAUUUUAUGAACCUUUUAACACUCUUCUUCCACGUGUGAAAUUUAACUAGCUGACAUCCCCGUUUGGUUAAUUGAAGUGACGGUGAAAAUUCUUUUGAACAUUUCCAAUUUAUCCAUGCUUUCCAAGAUAACCGAGGGCGCUGUUGCUGUGAUGUCAUCCGCGGGGAAGACACAGCUCAGUGCAUAGGUUAAUCUGUUCAAAUGGUGAACCCAGAAUUGACUCACUGAAAUUAUUUGUGAGAAAGGGUCAGGUGCUUGCUUUUAGGCCUGCAAAAUCUUUCAAGAAAUGCAGGAGUUUUCUUUGCGCACAACCAACAAUGAAGUUUGGUUCCUGGGAUGACAUAUCAUUUUUGCAAACUAGAGCCAGCAAUACACCAUGUACAACCUUUUAAAUGGCGUAGCUGUUGCGUACUGACUGUACUGUGAAAUUAAAUUUUCCCUCCCCACCCAGAGCCCCGUGGGGAAAAAAAAGGUAUAUAAUCCACGCACCGUAUACUGUAUAAAGGAGGCACUGCAUGUAAUGUUUGAAAGCACAUUGUCGACACACGAUGCACAGUUUAAUCUGUAUCAGAUUUUGAGAUUUCUGUUACACUGAAAUACUUCCACAAAACAGUACAUGCAUAGCUCCUAAGAACACAAAACGUGUUCCCCGUGCACAUUUCUGGAAAAUAGUGGGGACUUGGUGUUGGUUAUAAACGAGUGUUCAGAGGUACUAGGUAUAAAUAAGAUGAUAAACACGCAUGCGUUGAAGCAUAGGAGCUAUAUGGUCCACAAUCGGAUGAAGGUGAAGUGGGCGAACCUCGAAAUGUGAUUUUUUUCCCCAUAUCGUCAAGAAGAGCAAGGAUCGCAAAGAUCGGCAUCCCCUUGGGUUUAACUUCGGCUUGGUGUUCCAGUAAUUUCCUUGGGAGCAUCCUGUGUGGGGAGUUCAACGCUCGCAAGCAAACAUGACACUCGCAAUAUGGCGGGGUUAAACGUACUUUGUGAUGCGUUCUUGAUGUCGAGCGCGGCAGCUGGCAAGGCAUGACAUAAUCUGCCCAGACGCUGUCUUCUAAUGAAAAAGCCCCCCCCGUGGACGCACCGUGCUCGUUACUGAAGAUUUUUUCCCUCUCGAGAGAUAUCGUAUUGGUUCUUGGCCUUGAGCUCAUUUUUAAAGCAGACUCACAGGAUGGGCACGUAGGAAAAAUCCCAUCGGCUUGGUGAGUUUUUAACCGGCUGUCGGGAGGAUACAAUUUUUCGUUAGCGCCCCGAAAAGUCGACACAUUCAUGCACUUACUAUGCAGUAGGACAAUUUGCCUUCGACUUGCUGAACAAAACCAGCGAGGAGCUGGCUUGCUAAGGGCAUGACUAUUAUAUUGUGUGUUACAAAGGUACAGCUAGACUUUCCGAAGGCCGAAUUUUAUUUUUCUUCAGAGGUACAAAGCUCAACAAAACUGCCCCCGUUGCUGGUAUGACAAUUCUCUCCCUAAAUUGCACUGUUACCGUUCAAGGGGAUAACUGGCACAAUUGUUUUUUUUUUAAUUUAUCAUUUAGAUGUAGUAGUCUAUACCGUUAAUCAUUCUCCCUUUUAACACCCAAAUAUAAUCUGACAACACACUUUGUAAAAUUAUAGUCUAAGAAAAAAGAUUAUAAACUAUGGCAACCACUGAUUGGGAAAAAACAACUAUUGACUGUAUGGUACGGCACAACAUCAAAACAGGUUUAUAGUUCAAUUUGUACAUUGGCUGGAUGAAUACUGAAUUAUAAGACGAAAUUCAGCCCACCAAAAUAUGAAAAGUGGCACCGUUGAAUGAGGUAUUAUACAAUGUAUUAUACGAGUGUGUACCAUAUACCUUAAGUAAACUUCUUCAAUUUGUUUCUCAAA